UCUGAAAACAACACUCUGGGGCUCUGGCACCAUGCGGUCAGCUUUGUCUCAGGGAUCUGUAUUAGAGCUAUGAGGGAAGUACAACAGCAGCUUGGAUACCUCAGGCUAUUUCUGGAGGUGGCCACACCAGUGCCCUCAUCUUUGCUACUUCAGCCUUGUCAGAAGCUGAGGUACUGAAUUUGGCACACACCCAGCUCCCAGCUUUGGUCUUCCAGUGCAGGUGCUAGGGGGAUGGUACCAGACUCUUUUGGGUGGUGCUCAGCAACAAGAUGAGUAGUGGCCAUAAACUAAAACAUGAGAAGGUUCACCUCAUGAGGAAGAACUUUUUUACACUGAGAGUGGCAGCUGCCUGGAGAGGUCGUGGAAUUUUGCCCUCUAGAGACAGUCAGAACGCACCAGGACAUGCUCCUGUGCCACCUGCACCAGCUGACCCUGCCAAGGCAGAUCAUCUCCAGAGGUCCCUCCCAAACUAAUGACCGUGCGGUUCCAUGAAGGGGUUUCUCCUCGCUCCACAGGCCCCCUCGACGUAGGGCUCAGCAAGAGCACAUGCACCUGGAGCCUGGACAGCAGGAUGAGAACCAGCUUAACGACCUUGUUCCGCUCCAGCCUUUUGGACGUGCGAAACACGUCAACGCACCUGAGAGACGUCCUUUGCUGUUAGCGAAUGGGGCUUCCAGAACGAGCUGGGACGGCUCCAUGUUCUACGCGGUGCGCAAGGGCCGGCGGACCGGCGUCUACCGCACCUGGGCGGAGUGCCAGGAGCAGGUGAACAAGUUCCCGUCCGCUAGCUUCAAGAAGUUCGCCACCGAGAAGGAAGCCUGGACCUUCGUGCGCGCCGGCCUGCCGGGGCCGCAGCAGCAGCAGCAGCCCGAGCCGGCAGGGGCAUUUGGUUCUCCAGUUGCAACACAAGAAAGUGGUAUCGAGAGAGAGGAACCAGAAUUAAAUACUGUGUUUUACAGUACAUGUAAGAGGCCAUAUGAACAGUCUACAAACGAAGAGCAGAUUACAAAGCGUGUAAAACAUGAUGAAGUACACUCAGUAUGCUCAACACCGACAAUCAGUGAAGAUAAGUUUUCAUAUAUGGGUGACUUUGCAGUUGUUUAUACGGAUGGUUGUUGCACUGGUAAUGGACGUAACAGGGCACGUGCUGGAAUAGGUGUCUACUGGGGACCAGGCCACCCUUUAAAUACCAGUGAAAGACUUCCUGGACGGCAGACUAAUCAAAGAGCAGAAAUCCAUGCAGCCUGCAAAGCAAUAGAGCAAGCCAAGAGUCAAAACAUCAAGAAGUUAAUAAUCUACACUGAUAGCAAGUUUACUAUUAAUGGUAUUACGAGUUGGGUCGACAACUGGAAAACAAAUGGUUGGAGAACAAGUUCAGGAGGAAGUGUAAUAAAUAAAGAAGAUUUUGAAAGACUUGAUAACCUAACAAAAGACAUAGAAAUUCAGUGGAUGCAUAUUCCUGGUCAUGCUGGCUUCCGAGGAAAUGAAGAAGCUGAUAGACUGGCAAGAGAGGGAGCUUGUAAACAAAAGUGCUGAUGUCCUGGGACUAGAGACUGUUGCACUGGGAAGAAAAGGCCUAACAUGACAGCAACAACUUGAACUGUUGUAAUUGUUUUGGAGUUGAACUUUAAGCUGUACUUCUUUCUGGCUUGAAGCACUAAAUAUAAACCAACUUCUGGGAAGGAAAGCCCCACAUUUUCUUCUAUUACAUUUGCUUUACAAUUGACACAAUAUUUAGUUGAUGAUGCUGAGUAUUUGUUUUUUCUCCAUCUAUUAGGAGGGCUGUGGUCAGUGUUUUUAGCCAUCUUGUGUGCUUAUGAAUUCACCUUAAAGAAAUGCUUCUGAAGAAGUGAUUUUAAAUCAAAGUGUUCUGUAUUUUCCUCUUAGUGAAAUAAAUUUAUUUUUUUUUUGUACA